AUGGAGAAGCUGACACUGGUGGCUCUCCUCCUCACACCUUGGUGUUGCUGCAGGGCUGAACCGCGUGUUGACUAUAUUCUUCCACGUCAUGGAAGUACUAAUGGAGCAACAAGAGUGACCCUUUUUGGAAAAGAUUUUGGCAAGUCGAACAGUCCCCAGUUGAACCCAGCUGCACCCCCACGCAUCAGUGUGACCUUUGUGUCUGGCACUCACUCGGUCCCAUGUGACUUGGAGAGAGACUCGACGCACGACACGCAGAUAAUGUGUUACUCCAGACCCUUACAAAAUGGAAGGCAUGAUGUCCGUGUCACUGUGGACGGUGUUCCUAUUCCUGUCAAGAAAAUAUGCAAUGGAGCUGACAAGCCAUAUUGGUGCAGCUUGUAUGUGGUGUGGUGGUACCAACCUACAAUCGAUUCUAUGAGUCCAACCAGUGGUCCCCCAGGCACCGUGAUUUCUGUGAGAGGCCGGAUCUUCACUGAUGUGUAUGGAAACAGCGACAAGCUGAGCUCUAAUGGCCGUGAUGUCAGAUUUCUGAGAGCCGACACAGGAGGGAAACCAUGUAAUCUGCUGAAACCCAACUCAGAUGAACUCUAUAACUUAAAGCUGGACAAUGAAAGGGCCACCUGGGGUGAUAUGAGCUGUAAAACAACAGGAACAUAUGUUGGCUGUCAAAAUACCACCUACAUCCUUGAAUAUGGAAGGUCUGAGAUAAAGAAGAGUCUCUUCAGGGUUUGUCGUAAGAACAAGCUCGCCAUGUUCCAGAGUUAUGCAGAGGUGACAGGAGUCUCUCCAUCCAAGGGUAGCAUCAUGGGUGGGACACUGUUGACUGUUCAUGGCCGCUUCUUUGAUGAAACUGAUGAACCAGCACAAGUUCUUGUCGGAGGCUUGCCGUGUGAGAUCAAGAAUGUGUUCGAUGACAGAAUUUUGUGCAGAACCGCCAUGCAUGAGAUGAACAAUAUGACAGUGCACCCAGGUGGAAGAGGUUUGAAGAUGGAAGUGUGGAACGACACAAGGCCCAGUUCUUUGUCUGACAUAUCUGACCUCAGUAAAAACACAACAAAGUACUGGACCAAGUGGGUCUCUGAAAUGCCCCAGCUGUUUGAGAAAGAUGAUGAUUAUUUCGUCACAUUAACCAGUGGCUUCUUCGCCCCUCAAUCCACCUGUAACUACAAGUUCACCAUCGACUGUGACGAUAGAUGCGAGCUCUACCUCAGCAACACCACCUAUCCUGAAGAUAAGGUUAAGGCUACAUCCCAGCCUUAUUAUGUCCAUACACCGCAGCUUUCACAAACAUCUGAGGAGUUUUUUAUGGAGGAAGGAAAACACUACUACAUGGAAAUGUUGCUACAGGAGUAUGCUGGUGCUGCUGAUGUAAACCUUGGCUUGUUCUGUAAUGAAAGUGCCUUUACAAAAAGCCAGACGGAUGAUGCUGAAAAUGAGAUGCAGAGCAUUGUGGCUGAUUACGACACGUAUGAUGAGUCCCAGGUCCUUACCUUUGACUCUUGGCCAAGCAAUGCUGUGGCAGUCAAAGAGGUCCAGAAGAUUACUGUCAACAGCAGCUGUGCCAGCCACCUAUGUGGAAACACCUACUUCAGCAUUAGCUACGGAGAAGCAACAACUGGUCCCAUUCCUGUCACUGCCUCAUCAGAUAUGAUGGAAGCGCACAUCAACAACCUAUACCCAAUCAAACCUGACACAGUCCAGGUCACCAAACAGGAUGAUGAUGAAGGGUCUCACUUCAUCGUUACAUUCAAUUCUGGAAGAGGGGAUUUCAAUCUACUUCAUGGUGAGCCUUACAGUUCUGACACAAGUGUCGUUACUACUGAGGUUACUAAGGGGAGAAGUAACAUGGAGACCUUCACUGUGUGCUGGAAUGGAAUCUCUACAAAACCAAUUCCCUACAAUACGACUGUAACUGAGGUGCAGUCAGCUAUUGAGGAUCUGAUGAAAGCUGAGUGCCCCGGGGAGAUCUUGACAACUGAAGGGUCUGAUGUGAUGUUCUUCAGUGAUUAUGAAACGGAAAACUCUAAUGAAGGGGAUGAGAGAGGGACUCGAGUGAAAAUGGGAUUCUGUGGCCAGUGGUCACUGAAGAACCCUAAAGUUCUUAUUAAGGACAGUUUCCCCAAAGAGUCUGGCGGCAGCAAGUAUGGAGAAGUUCCAUUGGACAAGUAUCCUAUGCUGUGCUUUGCAUACAAGGGAACUUUGAAGAAUGAAGUAGGAGUAAGAUUUACCUACAUCGACAGCCAAGGCCAAACCAAGACAGAGACGGCAAAGCUCAUCAGGCUGUUCAAUAAAGGAGACAAAUGGAGUUACCAAUGUAUGGACUUGGCCGAAUCCCUGCGGGUGGAAUACACUGGAAAUGGUUUUAAACUGCAGGAGUUUUACCUCUACAGAGACGACUCUGGUGCAGACUUCUAUGUGGAUGUCACUCACUUGGGAAAGAGAGCUCCCACGGCAGAUAUGAAUGCUGUUCCUCUCAGGAGGAGACCAUCUCCUUUUGAGGACAAGGGUCAGACCUUUGCCUCAAUCUCUGUUAGUAAGGGAGAACCAGCAAAGGCUUCCCAAAUCAGCUACGAGAUCAAAGCUACACCAGAUGAUUGUGCCUUUGGGUUUCCACUGCUAGAGGUCGGCUUUAUGCAGAUGUCUAACAGCAGUGCUGACACGGCUGUGUAUACUGAUGGAUCAGCCACAGUCACUGUCACGCGCAAAAGCAGAGCCUCCGCUCCUCUGACAGGCAAUUUUGACCUGGAGAUUUAUGGUGGAGUUGCUGCAGGCCUGCCAGUGAACAUCAGUGCAGAGGACAUGAAGUAUGCCCUCCAGGGGAUCCCAGGGAUGGGCGAGGUCACAGUCAAGUGGCUGGGAGACUGCAGACGACCCCACUGGAGGGUGGAGUGGCUUACAAACCCUGGAGACCAGCCUUUGAUAAAGGCUAACUCCUCGAUGGUUAAAGGCAACAAUGUAGUAAUUUCUGCUCGUGAGAGGAGAAAGGGAGGACUGAAGAUGAAAAGCGUGUCGGGAGAAUUCUUUCGCACCCCAGAAUCCAAACCACAGGUUCAGGUUACUAUUAACGGCAUCCCCUCAAAGUGUUCUGGAGACUGUGGGUUUGAGUAUUCUCUGGAAAAGACUCCGGUUUUGACUGGAAUCAGCCCAUCUCAAGGAUCAAAUGGCCUUGGGACUCUUUUGACCGUCACUGGGACGGGCUUCAUUAAUGAAAGUGCUGACAUUUUUGUUGGUAAUGCCCGGUGCCAUGUUGAACAGACCACAGCCACCACUCAGGUGUGCCGACUUGGCAGCUCUAGUGCUGGUACCUACCCUGUGUCACUGAGCUUUCAAUCUUUGGGCAAUGCAAGCACUCCUGAGGGCAAAAUCUUCAACUUCACGUACCAGACCGGCAUUUCCUCUUUCUCUCCACUCUCUGGAAGUCUAGCAGGUGGCACACUGCUGACGGUGAAAGGUUAUGGCUUCAGCCAGGACGCCACAGUUACUGUUGGUGGUGAGGAGUGCAAGAUAGUUGAUGGCAGUGACACCGAACUGAAAUGCAGGACCCCACCAGGAUCAGGAUCAAAAAAUGUCGUAGUAAAGGAGGGAAGCACAACUCUGACUGCCAGCAGCUCUUUCACGUAUGAUGGUGACCUCACACCGCAGAUCUCAGGCAUGAGUCCCAACUCUGUAAAUGUCACAGGUGGACAAGUUCUCACAGUCACAGGCUCAAACCUAGGAGGACAAGACAAUGACAGCAUGGUACUUGUAGGCGCUAAGGAGUGCACAAUAGUUGAGUGGACUGCAACAAAAAUCCAGUGUACGCUUCCCGCUCUGCCGCCUGGCUCAUACAAGGUGUACGUGCAGGUCGGCAACAACGGCUACCCACAAGCAAGCAAUGGAGUGAACACCAAUAUUAAAUACAUCCUUGAAAUCCACAACGUCUCCCCUACAGCUGGCUCUUUGUUUGGAGGAACCAGGCUGACUAUCUCUGGAUCUGGUUUCAGCACCUACGCCCCUGAAAACAAAGUCUCUGUUGGAGAAGCAGAGUGUGACGUGAAGGUUGCCUCAGAGAAUGAGCUGCAGUGUGAUUUGAAGUCAGAGGAGAAGACCCACGUUGUCACCAACCAGGGAUCACACCACACCCAUGGACAGGGAUAUGCAUGGGAUCAGCCCUCGCUGACAGUGUUUGUUGGAGACACCGUACAGUGGCAAUGGGAAGCCCCAGCCUUCCAGCAAGUUUGGUACAGUGUGUUCCAGGUCUCCACGCCAAGCGGCACCAGUUAUGAGGACGAUGCAUCAUUCAACAGCGGAAGCAGGACAGCAACUGGGUCUUUCAGUUACCGCUUCACUGCCCCGGGUGUGUAUUAUUACAGCAGUGGUUUCAUUAAUCCAGCCAAUGAUAAGAUGCUGCAGGGGGUCGUGAAGGUCAAGGAAAGGGAGGGGAAGAGCAAGAGGGUCUCAGUCGAAGUCGGAGGUAUGGAGGCCCUACAUGUUAAAGGAGGUUCUGAUAGCGGCUCCACAAAAGCCCAGCAAUGCGUCGCGUCCACACAGUGCGAGCAGAACACCAACUCUUCAGAUGUCAUUUCAUUCAGCUCCACUGCCUGUGCCACCCCCAUAGUGACCUCCAUCUCUCCAAACCAGGGGACGUACCACCAGCAUAUCCACAUUCAGGGCAAAGGCUUCAGUGACACUGCCUGUGCUAAUGAAGUGACAGUGGGAGGUCAGCCCUGUCAGGUCAUCAACAGCUCUAAUUCGGAGAUCUUUUGUCAACUGAGCAAAGACAGUGGUCUUUCCAUCGGUGUUGCUCACUCUGUAGUCGUCAGAGUCAACAACCUUGGAAAUGCCAUCAUUACCAUGAAGAAAAAGCUCCAUCGCCGUUUUGCGGUGCUGCCUGUAGUUGAUUCAGUCUGGCCUCAAAUUGGCAGUACCACCGGCCAAACUCGACUCCUCAUCCAUGGCUCAGGCUUCUCUGAAGGACAAGUAACUGCAGCAGACAUUCAGUGCACUGUGGUCACUGUGAACUACACCCAUGUUGUCUGUGACACGUCAGCAUCAUCUCAGCAACGCACUGGUGAAGUUGUCUUCCAUACGGGCAGGAUCAAGAGCUCCUGUUUAUCAAACUGCUCCUUUCAGUAUUCUUCUUCCAUCACUCCUCAAGUCACCAGUAUUUCUCCUGAUAGCAUCAGCGAGCCGUCCGCAGUCACCAUCAGUGGCUCAGGGUUUGGCACCAACGAGGAGGACGUUGCAGUGUUUGCAAGCAGCACAGAGCUGGAGGUCACUGGGGUCAGUGACAGUAACAUUACAGUGAAAGUCGACGCCCUUCCUGCAGGAGAUCAUCCAAUCACAGUGAUUUUGAGAAGCAACGGCCUUGCUUCUGGUUCUGUGACCCUGAACAGCAAAGCUACAGCCCUCCUUAGCCCCAGUGUGGGCAGCCUGGCAGGAGGAACCAAUCUGGUCCUCACUGGAAACGGCUUUGCUCCAGGAAACACCAAUGUGAUGAUCGAAGGCAAGCCCUGUGAGAUUCAGGAAGUGACUCCAGCACAACUUCGCUGCCUGACACCUCCUCACAGCGAGGGAGAGACGACCGUCAAUGUUAGGGUGUAUUCAGUGGAUUAUCCUCCUCUCAGCUUCAACUACUCUGCAGAUCAUACUCCUGUCAUUGACUCCAUCAGUCCUAACACUGGGCCAAGCGGGGUCCCCAUCACGCUCACAGGUUCAGGAUUUGGCAGCAACUCUGAGCAAGUCCAUGUCACCAUAAACAAUGUCCCCUGCACUGUAUCAUCAGUGUCUGACACAGAGGUGAAGUGCACCGCAGGAAACAGCCCAGGGGGGACAUACAGAGUCAUGCUGCAGCGCAAGGACAAAGGAAAUGCACAGUCUGAAGUCAAGUUCAAUUAUGAGCUGACACUCAGCGGUGUGCAGCCCAACCAGGGUAGUUUUGGUGGCGGUGCUCUCCUUACCGUGCAGGGUUCUGGCUUCGAUCCGUCCAGCUCUGAUGUGUGGAUCUGCAGGGAGGAGUGUAAAGUAGACAGAAACUCGUCGACAUCAACUCGUCUGUACUGCGAGUCUCCACAAAACAAUGGCACUGACUCUGAGCUGAGCUGCGGGGUUGCUGUCAUCAACCAGAAUGAUGCUGUCAACAUAUCAAACGGCUUCACCUACAAAUCUCAGCUGACUCCAGUGAUCUCUGGGGUUUCUCCACGCAGAGGAGGCACUGCUGGAGGCACACUGCUCACCAUCACCGGCUCUGGUUUCAGCACCGACAAAAGCAAAGUUAAAGUGACCAUUGCAGGCUCCGUUUGUGACGUUCAAUCUGCAACCAACACACAAAUCAUGUGUGUGACAAAUUCUAAUCCAAAAUCCCAGGAAACUAAAGUCAGAGUCAGCAUUGGAGAUCAAGGCAUUGCAAAGAUGGAUAAGGCAGAUUUCUUCUACAUUGACGUGUGGUCCUCCAAGUACACAUGGGGUGGCCUGCCUCCACCAGAAAGAGGCUCAUUUGUUGUCAUCACUAAAGGACAGAAAAUCCUAUUGGACAUCAGCACCCCAGUAGUGAAAAUGCUUCUGAUCCAAGGAGGGACACUGGUGUUUGAUGAAGCUGACAUCGAGCUGCAGGCAGAAAACAUCCUGAUCACAGACGGAGGUCAGCUCCAGGUUGGCCAGGAGGGGGCGCCAUUCCAGCACAAAGCAAUCAUUACACUUCAUGGAAACCUGCGCUCACCUGAACUUCCUGUUUAUGGAUCCAAGACACUGGCUGUUAGAGAGGGAGUUCUGGACCUGCAUGGUAUUCCAGUUCCUGUCCCUUGGACCCACCUCGCACAGACAGCGAAUGAGGGCUCCAACACACUGAUUCUGAAGAAGGCGGUGACAUGGAAAGCAGGAGAUGAAAUUGUCAUCGCCUCCACAGGCCACAGGCACAGUCAGAAAGAGAACGAGAAAAGAAAAAUUGCUUCUGUGUCGGCUGAUGGAAAGACUUUAACCCUGGAUAGACCACUCGAGUACACUCAUCUUGGGGUGACAGUCGAGCUUCCUGAUGGCACACAGUUCGAGGGUCGAGCUGAAGUGGGUCUGCUCACCAGGAACGUCGUGGUACGAGGAUCCGUCGAUGAAGCCUGGCAAGACGAGAUUAAGGCCUGUCCUGAUGGCUUUAACACAGGUGAAUUCAGCACCCAAACAUGCUUCCAAGGCAAGUUUGGAGAGGAAACUGGCAGUGAUGAGUUUGGAGGCUGCAUCAUGAUCCACUCAUCCACAGGAAAUACCCAAACUAAUCAAAUAGCAAAAGGCAGAAUUGAAUAUGUUGAGGUGACCUAUGCGGGACAAGCCUUCAGGCUGGGACGUUAUCCCAUCCAUUGGCAUCUGAUGGGAGACAUGGCUUACAGCUCAUAUGUGAGGGGUUGUGCAAUCCACAGAACCUUCAACAGGGCUGUAACUAUCCACAACACGCAUAGGCUGCUGGUGGAGCACAACGUCAUCUUUGACAUCAUGGGUGGCGCCUUUUUCAUUGAGGACGGUAUUGAGACAGAGAACAUCCUGCAGUACAACCUGGCUGUGUUUGUCAAGCAGAGCAUGAGCUUGCUGAAUGACGAUGUCACGCCCGCCGCCUACUGGGUCACCAAUCCCAACAACAUCAUCCGAAACAAUGCUGCCGCAGGGGGCACCCACUUUGGCUUCUGGUACCGCAUGCACGAGCAUCCUGAUGGCCCGUCCUUUGACCGAAACAUCUGCCAGAAAAAGGUUCCCCUUGGUGAGUUCUCUAACAACACGGUGCACUCUCAGGGCUGGUUUGGCCUCUGGAUCUUCCAAGAUUUCUUCCCCAUGAAGAACGGAGGCUGCAACUCCAAAACUCCCGAGCCAGCUGUCUUCAAUUCUCUCACCACCUGGAACUGUGAAAAAGGUGCUGAGUGGGUCAACGUUGGUGCUGUGCAGUUCAGUGGUUUUGUCAUGGUCAAUAACGAGAAAGCUGGGAUAGAAGGCAAGCGUAUCAUAUCAUCGAAAGUGAGAGACUUUGGAAACGCCGGGGUGUUCAACUCCAUCCUUGCAGGCCCAACUUGGCAGCUUGGAACAUUUGAGACGAGUAAGACACGAGGUGUCAUCACACCAUAUGACGAUGGCAUGUUGGUCUCCAACACCACAUUCAUCAAUUACGACUGCCCCUCCUGCUCAGCCAUUGGGGUAACUACAAUCGAUGGGACGUGUAUCGACAAAUGUGGUGGCUGGUCUGUCAGGUUUGAAAAGAUCCAGUACUACAAUGCAACCAACAAGGCUGGCUUCAAGUGGGAGCAUGAGGUACAGCUGGUGGAUAUGGAUGGCUCCCUCACAGGAAACGCUGGCUACAAAGUGGUUCCUAUGAGCCCUUUGCUGGACCCAGACCACUGUACACAGCGUGACGAAUGGAGCAAUGGUUUCCCUGGCGCUGUAUGUGAUCACACGGUCAGCUUCAUCCGUCUGGGAGCAAACAACCCUUCCCCAUCUUCUUUGUCUGCUCAUGACAUCCUACUGCAAAACAAAUUUGGCAUCUCUACAGUUCCUUAUGCAGAGAAGAGACUUACUCAUAAGAAGGGCUGGAUGGCCCUGCUACCCUCGAGAAAUACAUACCUGUGGAACUUUAAAGAUAGCAACCAGAUCACCAAUAUCUCUUAUGCUUCAACAUACUACAGCUUCGGGCAAAAUGACUAUGUGAUUAUGGAACACAACCUGACUCAGUCCCCAGACAAGUUCCACAUCAUGGAUGACAGGAACGGCUCAGAGUCAGCACUCAGCUUCGACAAAAACCAAAGUGGGGACUGGUACUGGGACGAAAGCUCCAAAACGGUCUCUUACAUACUGUCAGGGAAGACCAGCAAUCGCCGCCGUCGUUCCAGCGCAGACCGCUCUAUGAAGGACUUUGAUGUGAACUUCAAGGUCUACCGCUGCUUCUACCCCAACUGCAUCCCACCAACACCCGCACCUCCAGCCACACUCGCCCCCUUACCAACCGGCCGUCCAGACGACUUUAUUCGUUGGUCAAAUUCCUCUUUCUGGGAAAAUUCAGCUGAAAAUAACUUUACUGUACCAACAGAGGGCGCCGAUGUUGUCAUCCCAUCAGGUCAGUGGGUGGUUUUGGAUGCCAACACUCCUCCUCUUAAUAAACUAACAGUUGUUGGAGUUCUGGAGAUCCCUGAUGUCCCUUUGAAUGCAUCCAGCAGAAAGAGGCGGGCUGCUCCUGAGUACAGUUCUGUGGUGGUGGAUGCUGUCUACAUCUCCAUACAGGGCGGCAGAAUGAUCGCUGGCUGGGAUGACAAGCCGUUCAGGGGUCAGCUGCACAUCAGACUUAGAGGACGCCACAGCACUCCUGACUGGCUUCUGCCUGAAGGACCAAACCAGGGUUCUAAAGUUCUUGGUGUGUUUGGUACCCUGGAACUUUAUGGACAACCUCACAAUGUUUACCACACCAAACUGGCUGUUACUGCCUCCGCCGGAUCCAGCAAGCUGAUCCUCGGGAAAUCUGUGGACUGGCAGGCUGGAGAAGAGGUCGCCAUCUCCACCACCAGCUACAACCCAUGGGAGACUGAAAAACGGAAGAUCAGCGCCGUGUCAGCAGACGGCCUGGAACUGACCCUGGACCAGCCUUUGACUUACAAACACAUUGGUGACUCUUACUCUGUCUCAGGAACACACUACUACACCAUCGCAGCUGAUGUCGCUCUCUUGACUAGAAACAUUAAGAUAAUUGGUGAAGAGUACGACGAUAUGGAGAAGGAAUCAUUUGGAGCCAGAGUGUUGGUGGGCACUUUCAGGUCGGAUGGUAUCACCUACAGAGGCAAAGCUCAGCUCAGGAACGUGGAGUUCUACCGCACCGGUCAGGAAGGAUGGACCGACUGGUUUGACCCUCGAUACUCUGUGGCCGCCCUUAAUGUGGGAGAGGUUACAGAUGAAGAGUUGUACAUACAGGGUUGUGCUUUCCAUGAGGGCUUUGCUCCCGCCAUCGGAGUGUAUGGGACAGUGGGGCUGAAUAUUGACGAUAACAUCAUCCAUCGCCCCGUGGGAGACGGUAUCAGGGUUUGGGGUGACAAGACUACCCUGAGGAGGAACCUGGUGAUGUUUUGUCUGUGGCCCGGAUCGUAUCAGGACAGGGAGGAGGAAUUCAACUUUGACUUCACUGCCUGCAUCAAGGUCAGCGAGGGGACGAAUGCUGUUCUGCAGCAUAACAUCGUGGCAGGUUAUGAGAGAGUCGCUUAUCGCAUCGAUGGUGAACCAUGUCCAGGUACCAAGAACGAGGUUGGGAGCUGGCUCAAUAAUGAGGCUCACAGCGGCAUGUUCGCCGGAGUCUUUAUGGACAAAGAUGGUUUGCCCGGCUGCAGCCUCAUCAGCAACUUCUUCAUAUGGAGGACUUUUGACUACGGCAUCUUCUUCCAGACCUUCAGUAGUGUUAUUAUCCACAAUGCGACCCUGGUGGACAACGGAAUGGGCAUCAUGCCAUUAAUCUAUGGUCCUCCUUCUCUCGCCCAUAAGAUGGCUGAUAAAUAUGCAAGUGUGAAGAAUUCCAUGUUCGUGGGCAGCAGCAUAAACUUUGACUGUUCAGACACGCUGCCCAGCAGCGACUUUAAUGUUCGAAGCAGCAAACAGCAUCGUGCUCCAAGGCCACCAAAUGGUGGCAGAACUGCAGUCGCUUUUCCAAGCUUUAUGUCUUCCCACAACAACGCUCCACUAAUGGUCUAUUUUAGUAGCCAUAGCUACAACGCCAUCAAAGGACUGCUGACAGUGGAAGACACGAUAUUCGUCAAUUUCCGAAACGUUUGCUCAGGAGAGUCAAACAUCAUGUUCAUGACCAACCCAAAGAGUGAGGACCUGCAGCACCCUGUGCAUGUUUCAGGCAUUACAAUAGUGGACAGCUGGGAGGACAACAAAGUCUUGGUCCACAGGGCAGAUUUGGGAAAAAUCAACCCCUCAGACUGUGUGGACAUGGAGUGUGAUGCCAAAAAGAAGAGCAUGAUUAAGGACUUGGAUGGCUCCUUCCUGGGUGCAGUUGGAGCUGUGCUGCCCCAGUCCGAGUUUGCAUGGGGCGGUGAUCCCAGGAGGGGGCUGGGCGACUACCGCAUCCCAAAGACCAUGAUCACCAAGCCAGACGGCAGCCGCAUCCCUGUGGAAGUGAUCGCUCCAAACAAAGGCAUAAUCAGGGAAAACUGCACAUAUAUGAAUUCCUGGCAGAGUUACAAGUGUUUCGAGUUGAACUACAGGAUGCUAGUGAUCGAGAGUCUUGACUCUGACACGGAGACCAGACGUCUGUCACCUGUUGCUGUGCUUGGAAACGGCUAUGUGGAUCUGAUUAAUGGUCCUCAGGAUCACGGAUGGUGUGCGGGUUACACCUGCCAGAAGAGACUGUCGACGUUCCAUGCCAUCAUUGCCACCGGUCACUCCUUUGACAUCUUCUUCACCAGCAUCAGCCCCCAGAAACUUCGCCUAAUGAUGCUCAAUGCUGAUCAAUCUGAGAGCGUUCGGGCGGCAGUCUUCUACUCCAAACCACAGGUGUACAACGUUUACGUCGCUGGCGAGUUAAUAGCACCAACUAAUGCUCUGUGGAACAAGGACAAAACUGACUUUACGCUACAGAAGCCCCUCUAUGAAGGUCAAUACCUUCCGGCGCUGAACGCCACCUUGGGCUCCAACUUCUACGACCCUGACAGCAAGAUGAUGUAUGUCAUCCUGAGGGGUUCUGGUGACAUAGAGAUCCAUUUGUCUCCAGUUCUCUUUAUCUCCUUCGAACUGCCCACUGUGACUGAGGAGGAAUUCUUUGGAGAUAAACUGGUUCUUAACCUCGCUACUUUCCUCAAAAUUCCCUCCAAUAAGAUCUGGGUCACCAACAUCAUCCGGGAAGGUGCAGGGUCACGACGCAGGAAGAGAUCUACUGGUCUGAGGGUGGAUGUGGAGAUUAGGACUCCUCCAAAGCAGCAGGCAGACAACAGCACAGAGGACUUCACGGUGUUGAAAGACGCAGCCGAUAAAGUGGGUCAAGCAGCAGUUUCCGGAAGCCUCAGUAACUCCAUCGGCUUCAACGUGUCUGGGGUGGGAGUUAUCAAGGCUCCGGCACCACCAUCAGACCCCAGCUGGGAGAAGGAAGCUUCAGAAGAAGGGACGAGGGAGGAACCUAAAGUAAGUUUUGUGUCUAGCGUUUCCAACCUGCUGCUGGUGACUGAGCCGAUAACCGGGGAGUUUGUGGGUCCUCUGUUCCAGCAGCCCAGCCUCAUGGCUGUGGAUGCAGAGGGUAAUUGUGUCUCUGUUGGAGUGACGACUCUCACUGUGACUGCCGUCCUGCUGGACUCCAGUGGAAAUCCAGCAGAAGGACUGGAGGGGAACACCACCCUCCUGUUUGAUGAGUGCUGGGCGAACUACACCGACCUGUCUAUUCUCACUGCAGGUGAGAACCUCACCGUGGUCUUCACGCUAAAUGAAUGGAGUGCAACGUCACGCUCCUUCACUGUGAAAAACACUCCAACCACCACCAUAGCAACCACCACCAUGGCAACCAGCACAAUGGCGACAACCACCACAGCAUCUACCACCACGUGUCCAACGACCCACAGCCCACCUGAGCCGACCACUGACGAUAACAGCGUCUUCAGCUCGAGUACUACAGUGGCUGUCAGCAGUGCCUGUAUGAUCAGCGUCAUCUACAACAUCGCCUGCUGCUCAGGUGUUGAUAUCUGUUAGAAGGCUCUGGGACAUUAAGACGGUUUAAUGAAGGAAAUGCAACUUUUAUUCACUUUAACAUGAAACAGUCUGCUCAAUGAUUUAAUCUUUUGUACCUAAGGCUAAGGGAUGGUUUGUCUUAUCUUUAUUUUCUUUAACAAAGUUUUUGGGUUAGGGCUUUUAGAUAAGCAAAACAGAAAUGAAUUUAUGAUUCCACAAAACUCAAGCAUUAACCAAAAGGAAAGUCUAUGAAGGAGGAUAAAAAGAAGCACUUUUUCUUUCUGAUUUGUUUUUCUGUCUGUUCUUUGCUGUUAAGUAUUUUUGUGAUGUGAUCACACACCUGGUGAAAGUACAUAAAGGCUACCUCUUUAAA